UUGUCCUUAAAGCCAGCUGGGGUAACUAAAGACCUUUAAACAGAGAGCAAUUUCACAGGACGACGACGACGAAUCUUCUCUUCAGAGUUGAGCUAUUUUUGGUAUUAGUCUCCUUUUCCGGAGACUUGAAUGAGCUAUAACCCUAAGAUGCCUCUAAAUAAUGAGCGACCUGCAUCCACAUCCAGCGGUGAGGAUCAAGGCAGCGAUGUGGAGUCAUCGUCAGAGCGCUGUGACAGCAUGACGUCGACCAGCAACCGUGAGAGCUUCACUAGCGACUGCUCCAGCAAGCAUAGCACACCUUCCUCAAGCCCACCCAAAACCUUAACCCUGGAUGUAGUCAUGGAUUCUGCCAGAGACCUGUCCAAUCUCAGCCUUGCCCAUGAAAUGAUUGUGAACGGCAAUUUCUGUCUGGAGCCGAAAAGCCUGCCUCAGGACAGUUUAUGGAAGAUAGUUAGAGAUAUUGUCCACAAGGCCUUCUGGGACAUCCUGGAGUCGGAGCUGAACGACGACCCACCUGAGUAUGGGCAAGCCAUCAGAUUAUUGGAGGAGAUCAGAGAGAUAUUACUGUCAUUUCUUAAUCCGGGUGCCAAUCGAAUGCGGACCCAGAUUAUGGAGGUGCUGGACAUGGAUCUGAUUCGUCAGCAGGCUGAGAACGAUGCUGUAGACAUCCCGGGGCUUGCCUCCUACAUUAUCACCACCAUGGGCAAGAUGUGUGCACCAGCCAGAGAUGAGGAAAUCAAGAAGCUCCGUGAAAGCUCCGAUAACAAAGUGACACUGUUCAGGGAGGUCUUCCGUGUGCUGGACCUGAUGAAGGCAGACACAGUCAACUUUACAAUCGAUAAUCUGAGGCCUGUGCUGCAGAGGCAGGGUGUUGAAUACGAGAGGGAAAAGUUUCAGAGCAUCCUGGACAAAACACCCAGUGCUUUGGAGCACACCACCUCUUGGAUCAAGUCAGCACUGGAGGAGCUGUCGACCACCAUCCCCAAAGAACAGCCCAACGGCCCGGGGAAAGGACAGCGACUGGUUCCCGGGCCCUUUCAGAUCCUCAACACUGCCUUUCUCUGCAUCCUAACAUGGGACUAUGAUAAGAGUCCACUGCCUGAGACCUGGAUGACUGAUGAGACACGUCUGCGAGAGAUUCAACGGCAGCUCCAGCAGUAUCAGGCUGUGAACGAGGUCCUGCUCAUUGUCUACAGCACCGUUGGAGGGCCUAUCCAGGAUCUGCCCUCCCUGUCUGACCGCAUGAAGAGGAUGAUUAGUGUGCUGCUGGAUGGGAUGCAUAGCCCGGGCUUUAACCUAGAAGAGGCACUAAAGGGUGUCAGUGCUCAGAUCUGCUGUGAGCUCAACAAGUCUUUAACAGAGAGGAACUACCCUGCCCUGACCCCAGCGUUGCAGGGCACCCUCACAGGCCAGAUCUGCAGCAUCACUCAGAAGGACAAUCCCAUCCGCACUCUUGUUGAGGAUCGUGUGCAGCACUACUUCAUGGCACUCAUUUGUGAUCCUAAACCCCAGGUCAAACUUGAAAAGGUACCAGCUGGCUUGACUGCUAUCAAGCCUGAACUAGCAAUGAUGGGAGCAAAGUUCAUCUCCCUGGUUAACUACAACAAGGCUGUCUAUGGACCUUUCUACGCAGAUAUAAUAAGAAAGCUGAUGUUCAGCAGCAACCCACCAGCAGCAAACCCUCCUCAGGACUCCAUUCAGGACUCGGUCACCUCCAAUUAAAACCAUACUCUUGUGUAGUCAAAUGAGUCUUUUUUUUUGGUCUACUAGACAUAGCUAAAGCUAAGGAGAUAUUACCAUAGCUAGGCAGUACAACUGCUAUCAGGCCACUGGAGUUACAUUCAUCGUAUUGUAAAUGUAGUUUAUCACUACAUUUAGCAGUAAAGGCACUGCAGUGUAGGCGCUAUGCAUUAGACAUUUAACGUGACCUGCAUCCUUUGUGAUAAAUGCUCUAAAAUAUGCUCUCCUGUGAAUAUUUACAGCUGCAAAACCAGUGUAAGUGUGAUCCAUUUUUGAACCUUAUGGUGACCCCUACAUUGUAAAUGUGUUUGUAGUCAGACUGUUAUUGUGGAGGGAAUCCACAGAGGGAAAAGGGUGGAACCUUAGAAUGUAUAAAGCAUACAGUAAGCUUUAUGAAGCAAAAGGAAUAUGUUUGUAUAUUUAGAAAAGUAGCAUAUCAGAUUUCUUAUGUAUAACAAGUUAUUUAUCACUGUUAAAAUUCUAAGGUAUAUAUUUUAUAUAUUAUAACUAUGACAAAACAUGAGAUCGCCCCUUUCCCAUUGAAUUAGUCCUUUUGAUUGUUCUUCCUUUAACUUUAUCAGCCAGAAAACGAAAUGUUCUGUAUUCCUGUUAAUCCACUGAUAUUACUAUACAGCAAAAAAGGAAGUUUAAAAAAAUGAAGUUUCGGAUUUUGACUUCGAAACAGCUUUUGUCUGCAUGAGUAGCUUUGUGUUGAGGUUAAACAAUUUUUCAGUUUUUACUUGAGUAACUUGUCACAUGUAUGUUCUAUCCUUUACUUAUCUGCCAGUUGAAUACUUGUUAUGUUGAUUCUGUUACAUUUUGAGGUACUGUAGUUACAGUAUUGCUGUGUUGGCUGUUAGAACCUUUGGGGAAAUGAAAGGUGCUGAACUCAAAAGUGGGCCCAAUGAUGCACAAAGAAAAGCAGUUGCAUUCUUUUACAAAGGUUUACAUGGAAAUGUUGAAAGUUGUUGUUCUCUUCUUUAUCACUGUUAUUAUAAUAAAACUUCAAAAAGAC